CUACUACGUCACGUUUACGGAUCGGCUCCGUCAAUGUCGACCUCCAAGCCUCCACCGACCAAGUCGCGGAAGGAGCGCGAGCGGGAGAAGAAGGAGCGCCAGUCACAAGCUGCCGCGACCGCCGUGCCGACCCCAACUGAACGCCUGAAGAUCGUGGUCCGCCGCUUACCACCCAACUUGCCAGAGGAAGUGUUCUGGUCCAGCGUCCAAGAAUGGGUCACCGACGAUACUACCUCAUGGAAGAUGUUUUACCCUGGCAAGCUGCGUAAACGCCUGAACAAGGAGAGCAUCUCCUCCCGCGCGUAUAUUCUAUUCAAAACCGAAGAACAACUCGCCCAGUUCGCCAGAGACUACGAUGGCCAUCUCUUCCGCGACAAGGCUGGAAACGAGGCUUAUGCGGUAGUGGAGUUUGCUCCGUACCAGAAAGUGGCUUCUGAGAAGAAGAAGGUUGAUGCCCGCAGUGGCACUAUCGAUAAAGAUGAGGACUAUAUGUCGUUCCUCGAGUCUCUCAAACCUCCAGAAGGUGGCACUGAAACUUCGUCACUGGAGGCCCUCAUUGCCGCCAGUCAACCUCCCCCACCUCCCAAGACGACCCCUCUUCUCGAAGCUCUUAAGGCGGAGAAAGCCGCACAGAAAGAGAAGGAAGCUGCCGCCCGCCAGAUCGCUCAACAGAAGCGCGAAGAACUGAAGAAGAAGAAUGCUGUCCAGGCACAGGCGAACGGUGCACCGCUCAGCAAGAAGGCUGCGAAAAAAGCGGCAGCAGCAGCACAAGCAGCCCAAGGGUCAUCCACCAACAAGUCGGGCUCAAGUGUGACCGCUGGACCUUCACAGCAAAAACCCACUCAACAACAAGGUCCCGCCAACAAUAAACAACAACAACCACCCAAGGUAGCCAAGGGUCCCAAGACAGUAGCAGCACCACAACCUCCACCUUCUACACCCGCUGCCAACGGAAGUGGUCAGCCUCCAAUUGUGAUCAACGACUCUGCCGCCCCCAAAACGGACUCGUCCCGUGAUCGGCAUCGGACUCGCAUCGCGCCAAUUUGA